AGCAGGGAUUGUGUCUCCCCUCCCCCUAGCGUGUUAGGGACUGGGGUCCCCCCCCUCCGCCCGGGAGCAGGGGUCGUGCUUGCCCCUCCCCCCACCCCCGGGCUGCCCUGGGAGCUGGGACCGUAGCACAUUGUGACACCCUCACCCCCCCCACACACACACCCCUGGCUCCUGUUCCCCCUCCCUCCACAGAGAGGUGGGAUUGUGACACCUCCAACCCCUCCCCCCACCUCCUCCCUGGAGACCCCCCUCGGGAGUGAGGCACGUGACUCCCUCACUCCUAAGGUGGGAGCUGGGAAUCACCCUCACAGUUAUGACCCUCCCCAACCCUUUGACUCCCUGCUAGCACCAACCAUUGUGGAAGAUCCCUGGGAUUGUGUGGAUCCCCCUUUUUGGCCCCAACAGGAGGUACUGGUGCUGCUGAGAGUUGGACUUGCUUCCCCCCCAGCUGGUUAGUUGACAGGGUCAUUCCCAGGCCUGUACCAACCCCAGAGAAACAUGGAGUUUGCAGAGCUAAUCAAGACACCACGAGCAGAUAAUGUCGUCCUGCACCGUCCCUUCUACCCAGCAGUGGAAGGGACACUAUGCUUGACUGGCCACCACCUCAUCCUCUCAUCUAGGCGCCAGGACAAUGCUGAGGAGCUAUGGCUGCUGCACUCAAACAUUGACUCCAUUGAAAAAAGGUUUGUUGGCUCGUUAGGCACCAUCAUUAUAAAAUGCAAAGAUCUGCGGAUUAUUCAACUGGAUAUACCUGGAAUGGAGGAGUGUUUGAACAUUGCUAGCUCUAUUGAGGCACUGUCCACCCUGGAUUCUGUCACUCUAAUGUAUCCCUUCUUUUACCGGCCCAUGUUUGAAGUUGUCGAAGAUGGCUGGCACUCCUUCCUGCCUGAGCGAGAGUUUGAACUUCUCAGUUCAGUAACGAAUGAAUGGCGGCUGAGCUAUGUCAAUAAGGAGUUCUCCGUUUGCCCCUCCUACCCACCAGCUGUCAUUGUCCCGAAAUCAAUUGAUGAUGAGGCCCUUCGGAGAGUUGCAACCUUUCGCCACGGUGGCCGCUUCCCUGUUCUAAGCUAUUACCAUAAGAAGAAUGGGAUGGUAAUGAUGCGGAGCAGCCAGCCUCUCACAGGUACUAAUGGGAGACGGUGUAAGGAAGAUUCAGCACUUAUUAAUGCCACCUUGAGGGCAGGAAAGCGUGGCUACAUCAUUGAUACUCGUUCCCUGAAUGUUGCUCAGCAGGCCAGAGCCAAAGGAGGUGGCUUUGAGCAGGAAGUGCAGUAUCCUCAGUGGAGGCGAAUUCACAAAUCUGUUGAGAGGUAUAAUAUUCUGCAGGAAAGUCUCAUCAAACUUGUGGAAGCUUGCAAUGAUCAAUCGCACAACAUGGACCGCUGGCUUAGUAAACUGGAAGCCUCCAACUGGCUGACUCACAUUAAAGAGAUACUAACUGCGGCUUGUCUGGCUGCUCAGUGCAUCGACAGGGAAGGAGCAUCAGUGUUAGUUCACGGGACUGAAGGAACUGAUUCUACACUCCAGAUAACUUCACUGGCUCAGAUCAUCUUGGAUCCAAGGUGCAGGACAAUACGUGGCUUUGAGGCUCUUGUUGAGAGAGAGUGGCUGCAGGCUGGUCACCCAUUUCAGCUGCGCUGUGCUCAGUCCGCCUACUCCAACAGCAAGCAGAAAUGGGAGUCCCCCGUGUUUUUCCUUUUCUUGGACUGCGUGUGGCAGAUCCUCCGUCAGUUCCCUUGCUCUUUUGAAUUCAAUGAACACUUCCUCAUCAUGCUCUUCGAACACGCCUACGCCUCGGAGUUUGGCACGUUUCUGGGCAACAACGAAAGUGAAAGGUGUAAACUGAAGCUGUCACAGAAGACUAUGUCCUUAUGGUCUUGGGUGAAUCGGCAUCAAGAACCGAGCAAAUUCAAGAAUCCUCUCUUUGAGGCCAACAGUCUUGUCAUCUGGCCUUCUGUCGCGCCACAGAGCCUGCAGCUUUGGGAAGGUGUCUUUCUCCGUUGGAAUAGGUCCUCCAAGUUUUUGGACGAAGCCUACGAAGAAAUGAACAACAUCAUAGAGUACAACAAGGAGCUUCAGGCAAAAGUCAAUGCACUGAGGAGGCAGUUAGCAGAACUGGAAACAGAUGACGGGAUGCAGGAAAGCUCCUGAGAUCUUGCAAGGCUUUGGACACCAGAAAGGCAGUGAGGAUGCAAAAGUGGUUUAAACUGCCUCCGGUUUCUGGCAGUUACACGAAACCUCCUGUACACUUGACAAAUAAGCAUGUGGUGUUUGAAUUAAGGAACUGGAAUUGGCUUGGUGGGGCUACUUGAAACAGAAGCCAGGUGAGAAGUUUGUAUGCAGUAUAGAACUUGUAAGGAUUGUUAUGCCAGGCUCUCUGCCUUGACUUUCAGUUGCAUUGUCUCUGUGUGUCAUGAACAAGUAAACUCUUCGUAUCCCAACACACAGGGCAAAUAGCUAGCAGAGGCAUUCAUUUGUUAGUGAUUAAACUAGUAACCAGCACACACUGCCCUUUUUGGGAGCUCUGAUUGCACUGGCCUUUUUUAAAGGUUUUAACUGAUUCAUUGUGAUGCUAAAGUGCAAAAAUCCCCAUGGGUCCUUUUAAAAACACCCACUUUUGCUGCAGAUGUAUUUUUGUCUUGCAUUCUUCUGCUAGGCCUUUUAUCUGCUUUGGCAAAAGUUGGAAUUGAAUGUGAUCCAGCAACGUCUUAGAAAUGUGUUAUCGAUUAAAAUGUAUAGCUGCUAAAAACUGCUUGCAGUGUCCGAUUCUCCAUGUUAAAAAUGUUUGAUUUUCCGUGGCUACUUUCUGCAUUUCUGUGGUUUGUGCUUUCAUCAACAUUUUUCACUUUUCCCACCUUUUUAAAGGGAUGGUCGAGGCUUGGCCUUGUGCAUUAUUUAACUUGUCUAGACAGUUCCACUUGGAAUCAAGUGGUUUGGUGUUUGUCUGUAGAACAAUUGUUUUCCCUUAAGGGAAGUGGAGGGCUGUCUCUUCAACCCACAAGGAUCCUCUCCCUGGCUUAGCACCUCUAGAAGGGAGUAGAGCCUGGUACGUGGGCUCUGCUGACUGAACACAUUCUUGUUGGGAUGUAGGAGACUAGCUGAGGAUGCUCCUAGAAUUCCCUCAAGUCAUUCCCAGGAGACACUAUUGUAUAUGGUGAUCAGAAGGGGUGGAUCUCAGAUCCAGCCUCUAGCAAAGGAGCAGCUGCAGGCUGCUUUAUGCACCAUGUCGUAGCCUUUACUACAGGAAGUAAUAUGCAUUGCUCGCUGCAGAACCCAGGAGCAUCUGAGCAUCAGCCGCAAGGAAAGCUAUUUUCUGUCAGAUUGGCCACGGGGAUGACAGUGGUAUGCAUUUGCCAGUUUGCUUAUAGCACAACUUGACAUAAAUCUGGCUUUAAGGUGGCUUCCUUAACUGAGAGCUAUAGCAAAAAUAGUUGAAUUAUUCCCUGCUUUUUUUUGCUGCAUUCAUCCCCGAAACUCCCAGGCUGGACUGUUUAAAGCAAGUGCUAUCAAAUGAGGCAGCUAGACACGUCCCUUCAUAAUUAAGCCUUAAUAACAUUUUGAGUGGACAGCGACCAGUCACAUUAGUCUUAGCUGGAAAACAAGCCCUGAAAGUGAACGUAUCACUUCCAAUUUUUGUUUUGUUUUGUGACUUUAAGCCACAAUUACCUCAUCACUACCGUUGAGAUGUACCAAUGGAAAAAUUUUCCCACUAAGGUAUAAUGUGUUCCCUUUGGAGCUGGUACUGGAGGCUGUUCCAAAUGGAGGCUUAAAAUGAUUGGUUUUUUUAAAAAAAAAAGCUUAUAAACUUCAAAACUAACAAGUCCAUAAAUGGUCAUUACAAGAAAUAAACCAAACACAACUGCUGGCCAAGGCAAAGGUGUAGGAGAUUUGAAUUUAAUAGGACAAUGAGGCUGGGUGGUUUUGGUUUUUCUUAGUGUUCCACAUUGGCCUAAUUUUGUUCCCAGUGAAAACAGGUGUAGAAUCAGACCAGUGUGGCACAUUCUAGGGUGCCCGCUUUGUGUGUAACUCAAUAUUUUACAGUAUUUUUAUUCUUAAAGUGAAUUGGCUUGUAUUAAAAAAGAAAUCCCUUGCAUAAUAGGCAUAUUUGAAUGAUGAAGACUAAACUACUUUAAGAAUGUAAUCUGCAGAAAAUCCUGGUUUCUAAAUAUGUUCCUAAUCAAGGAUUUAAAAUAUUUUCUAUAUUACUUGACAGUGAGUGACCUCUAAAUACCCCUGUGCUGCCUUUUAUUAUAAAAAUCCUUUUUCUAAAAUAUUCUGCCCUGGGCUGAUCUAAAUUUAGUCCCAAAAUGAUCUCAUUUUAUUGCAAACACUAGCUUGGCUGCUUUUUAUCUAACAGGGUAGUGAAAGAUAAAAAUACAUACAAUUUGUUUAAAGGUGCUUGUUUAAUUAAAACGGUUUACCCAGGGGGACGUAUGUUCAGAUUCUCAUGUUAAACAUUUUUAAAAUGUUUUUGAGGGGGUGGAGUGGGAGGGCACCUUGGACCCUAAAACUUAAGCCAUGCAGGGCCCAGGUUUUUCCUGUAGUGACUAGUGAGCUCGAGUGCCCGUUGGUGCCAUGUAGAAGGGUUUUCAGAAGUUCUGAGACAGCCCUCAAAAGUCCAGACCCUUUCACAUGUAUCAAAUAGACCCCCCAAAUCACUAGCUACCUCUUUAAAAUCCUGGUUAAGUUUGCUGUACCUGCCCAGUUACAUUCCUUUUAACAAAUAUUUUCAGAAUUUUGUUACUAUGGAUACCAUGAGUCUGAAAUAUGUAAUUACCAGCCAUAUUGGAAUGGCUCAGAAGAGAUUAUUCGGCUGCGUAAUAGACUAUCCAUAAAACACAUUUUUAAAGGUUUUGUAACUUCCAAAUGUAGCAAUGAUCUAUAAGACAGCAGCAAAGAGACUUUUUGGCCUCAAUGCAUGAUGGUUCCAGUCUCCCAUGCAAACUGCAUGCGUCUUUUGGGUAGCCAGCUGUGACAGCUAACAAAAGGCAGAGAAAUUUCUCAUGAGGCUGGCGUUUCAUCCUGACCUUGUGCUACUAAACUGCAUUCACCCCAAAUGACAUGAGUGUUCCCCCUCGAUUUAGCAUUAGUUUGGAUCACAACCAUAAUACUGUUGAUAGCACUGAUUGCUUUCAUUAUUCCCACUGUUUCAGCCUUUUAUAUUUCAAUUUUGUUCACAGCAGGAAAAAAAAAUCAGAGGAGGUGGAUAAUUUAUUUUUUCUUCCAAAUGGACACCUUCCCCAUUCCCUUUAAAUUGAGGAAUUGGGCGCGAUCGUGCUCAGCACCUUGCAGGAUUGCUAGAUCAGGGCCCAGAGUUCUCCGUACCUUGCACGAUCAAACCCCAACAGCAUAUGUGUUCUUAGAAUAUCCCCUAUGUAAAAUUCCCCUCUAGUAGUCCUCUUCGCCUCUCUGUCACCUUCCAGGUUUUGGAGUGGGGUGACCACAGACCAACGUAGCACUCUUCCUUUUCGGUGUGCCCACUUACAUAUACGUGUGUUGCCCCAUGAGAGACCUGAAGUGCUGUUUGGUGCAGGUAAUCACUUGCCUUCAGGUUGGACCUGAGCUGGAAGCGUUGUGUGGUAAGAACCAAACUUGGUUCUUCAGCCUGGCAGUGCCUUGUGCUGUUGCCAAGACACCUGCUUCAAUUUUCUUUUGUACAUUACAUGUAUGU